AUGGCAAGUGUCACGUAUGGCCCGGCACUUGCCGUGACCGCGAGGCCUCAGCAGCCCGUCAAGCGUGCUCCUGCUCCUCCCGUCUCCCCCGAGGUCAGGAAAGCCAUGACUCUUGCUCGUCAAGAGAAAGAGGCGAGGAUCCGCGAGCGGAUCGCGCAAUGGCACGAGCAAACUGCUGCGUUCGCCCGGCAGAUGGCUCAAGACUUCGGGAAGACGGAGGGGUACUUCCUCCACCUGCUUUUCUCUGGCUCCGUGAACACGAAGAACACUCGCAAGCCGAACGCUUACAACGCGUGGUCUAGUUCAGUAGCCAAGGCUGCGAACGAAGGAGCAGCUGCAGGCAAGUCGCAAUCUCUGCUCGACGUUCAGAGGGACCAUAAGGAAGCAUACAAAAAUCUUACGCCCGAAGCGAAGGCGGAGCUCGUCACGCUUUUAGAGGAGACCCGGGCGUCGCGGCAGUAUGGUGUUCGUCUCUCAGCUCGGGCCAAGCACAACGACAUCAUUCGCACGUCGGCGAAGUUGGAUGCGAUGCUGUUCGGUCUCAAGCUGCGUACGGGCGUCGAAGGAUUCACUUGUAUCUUCAAGGGCGACGUCGACAUUACCUUCGCCCCGCGCUGGUAUUUCACGAACUCGGACAUCAACACCUACCUUGGUCAGGCAGUGCGUAGAGGGUGGGACAUCCAGGCAAUCGGGGCACUGGCCGAGGCGUUUGCAGUUGCUGGGUGCGACUUUAUGAGGUUCCUUCGGACUUCUAAGGAUCGCGCAGACUAUAUGAAGUCAGAGAUCCGUGACCUCGUGCAAAGUCAACUCGUCGAGCUGACUGGCAAUGAGAAGAUCAAGAUGAACUAUCUUAACUUCGAACGCGACUUCAUUGUUAAGCAAGGAAUCGACGUCUUAGGCUGGACCCACGACAAGUUCAUCAACCCGUCCGACAUGAGCACAAGCCUCCCCCCUCUUCGUAAACUCGUUGACGCGCUCAAGAAUGGGUCUUGCAAGUUUGUUCGCCUGUCGCCGGCCGAUCAUCGCGUGCGAGAGAAGGAGUAUUAUCGAAAGGUUGAGGCCGGGGAUGUCGCACCUCGUAAAGAGCGUCAGGACAAGGGCGUCGCACGGGGAAAGCGCAGCCGUUCCGACGCGCGUGAUGAUGAGGAUGAUAGCCAGGAGACCGAGCAACCCGACGAGAACGUAGCGGAGGCCCCGGGCCCACCGCAGAAGCGUCGUCGGACGUCGAAGGCUGUGUCGAAGUCGAAGGCUGCGUCGAAGCCAAAGGCCGCGGCGAAGAACCGUCCCAAGAGUGCACCGUUCGUCGAGAACGACGAGUAG